AUGGCGGAGGACGACAUGAUGCUUGCGGUGUGCUGGGAAGGAAAGGAGAAGAUGGAGGUUCGCAAAGUUCCUCGACCGCACAUCAAGGAGACGACUGAUGUCGUGCUCAAGAUCACCAGCACAUGCAUCUGCGGGAGCGACCUUCACAUCUACGAGAACGUCAUCCCGGGGAUGGAGCCGGGUGAUGUCAUGGGCCACGAGUUCAUGGGCAUUGUCGAUGAGGUUGGCUCAGAUGUGAAGAAUGUCAAGAAGGGAGACAGGGCCGUGGCCUGCUUCGACAUCGGCUGUGGAAAGUGCUUCUACUGCCAGAGGGCCCUCUUCUCCAGCUGCUCCACCACCAACCCCUCCAACAUGCUCUGCCCCCUCUACGGCCACAAAACUGGCGGCUUCUUUGGGUACAGCCACAUCACAGGUGGCUACCCUGGCGGUCAGGCCCAGUACGCUCGCGUCCCAUAUGGGGAUGUGAACCUGCUGAAGGUCCCCAGCCACCUGCCAGACAAGAAAGUCAUCCUGCUGUCUGACAUCCUCCCCACUGCCUGGCACGCCAACGAGCUGGCAUCUGUGGGCAAGGGAGACCGCGUGGCCAUCUGGGGAGCAGGCCCCGUGGGCCAGCUGGCGGCGCACUGUGCAUUUGUGCGCGGUGCAGAGCGGGUGAUAAUCAUCGAUGACAUCGAGUACCGCCUGCAGUUUGCCAAGGACCGCAUGCCCAACAUUGAGACCAUCAACUUCGACAAGGUCAAGGUGCCUGAGGAGCUGCACAAGAAGUUUGGCACGACCACUGCCCCUGAUGUGGGCAUCGAGGCGGUGGGCGUGCACUAUGCCAAGAGCUGGGUCAGCAAGCUGGAGAUGGCCACCGGCCUUGCCACUGAUCCCAGCGACAUGCUGAACGAGAUCAUCUACAGCGUGCGCAAGGGCGGCCGCAUUGGCAUCGUGGGAGUCUAUGUGGGCUACACCAACCACUUCAACAUCGGCGGCUUCAUGGAGAAGGCAAUGUCCGCCGCUGCAGGCCAGACUCCUUGCCAGAAGUACUGGCCCCACCUGCUCAAGCUGGUGGAGGAGGGAACGCUGACACCAGACAUGGUGAUCACGCAUGAGAUGCCUCUGAUCAAGGCGCCGGAGGGCUACAAGCUGUUCAACAACAAGGAGGAGCACUGCGUCAAGGUGGUCAUGCACCCCUGGGACGGGCAGGGCCAGGGUUGA